GUGCGCCUGCGCAGAGCUUGGGCCGCCAUGUUGGAGCUGGAUGACGCGGUGAGCUUCGUAUGUUUCUAAACACUCGUCUUCACGCCGUCUCCUCCGUGCUGGAGUCCGUCUGAAACGAGCGGAGCCCCGAACGGUGGAGCCCACGAUGAACGCCAGCGGGGACCUGUCGCGGCGGAACCCGCAGGAGGACUUCGAGCUGAUCCAGAGGAUCGGCAGCGGGACCUACGGCGAUGUGUACAAGGCUCGUAACGUCAACACAGGGGAGCUGGCUGCCAUCAAGGUCAUCAAGCUGGAACCUGGGGAGGACUUUGCGGUGGUCCAGCAGGAGAUCAUCAUGAUGAAGGAUUGUAAACACUCCAACAUCGUGGCAUACUUCGGCAGCUACCUGCGGAGAGAUAAGUUAUGGAUCAGUAUGGAGUACUGUGGAGGAGGAUCGCUACAGGACAUCUAUCAUGUAACGGGACCUCUCUCGGAGUCCCAGAUCGCCUACAUGUCCCGAGAGACCCUGCAAGGUCUUUAUUAUUUACACAACAAAGGCAAAAUGCACCGAGACAUAAAGGGAGCCAACAUCUUACUAACGGACAACGGUUACGUCAAAUUAGCCGACUUCGGGGUCUCUGCACAGAUCACAGCUACUCUGGCCAAGAGGAAGUCCUUCAUUGGAACGCCCUACUGGAUGGCCCCCGAGGUGGCGGCGGUGGAGAGGAAGGGGGGCUACAACCAGCUGUGUGACAUCUGGGCGGUGGGCAUCACGGCCAUAGAGCUGGCCGAGCUGCAGCCCCCCAUGUUCGACCUGCACCCCAUGAGGGCUCUCUUCCUGAUGACCAAGAGUAACUUCCAGCCACCCAAGCUCAAAGACAAGGUGAAGUGGACUAAUAAUUUCCACCAGUUUGUUAAACUCUCGCUGACUAAGAAUACGAAGAAGAGACCGACGGCUGAGAAGCUCCUGCAGCACCCCUUCGUGUCCCAGCCCCUGAGUCGAACCCUGGCGGUGGACCUGCUGGACCGCGCCUCCAACCCCGACCACAGCGCCUUCCCCGACCUGGAGGACGAGGACCCCGAGCCCGAGUUUAAGUAUAGAGGUCAUUUUUUACCCAUAAGCCCCAGGGCCCGCCGUGCCCCCUGCUUCGUGGCGCACUACAAGUCUCCAGUGUCCGUCCCGCACCGCAUCCGCUCCACCAGCAGGGGCACUAGAGAGGAGAAGACGCUGUCAGAGAUCAACUUUGGUCAGGUGAAGUUUGAUCCUCCGUUGAGGAAGGAGACGGAGCCGCACCAUGAAGCGCAAGCCUCAGAGCCUUAUCUGGACUGUUUUGAGGAGCUCUACUAUACUGCAAGACCUAACCUGGACCUGAGGUCAGAGUACGGCCACGAGUCGCCAAGUCUGCUCAGCGGGAACAAGAGCCUUCUGAAGUCUGUUGAGGAGGAGCUACAGCAUAGGGGUCACAUGGCACACUUAGGGGAUGAUGAUGAUGAGGAUGAUGAUGGUGCUGAUGAUGAUGAAACUCACACCCACAAAUCAAGCACCAUCAUGAGGCCCAAGGUCCCGCCCCCACUGCCUCCCAAGCCCAAGUCCGUCUCCCAGGCGCCACCACAGCCGCUGCAGAAGCUCGACGACAGCCAAUCACACAGCGAGGACGACAGCGGAGGGGGCGGCACCAUCAAGCGCUGUCCAAUCCCGCUGAGCUCCAGCCCGGCCAAGCCAUCCAACGUCCCCCCGCGGCCCCCGCCCCCCCGGCUGCCCCCCCACCGCCGCAGUAGCCUAGGUAACGACAGCGCGGAGGGCGUGGCCGGCGACCUCAGCGCCCCGGGGGAUGAUGGGAGUUUUAGACAUUUCUGGGAGUGGCUCCACGCGCCUCAUACUGAGGAGGAGCUGGAAGAGGCCUGGGAGGUGCUGCAGGAGGUGAAGGAGGUGCAGGAGGAGGAGAAGGACGAGAGUAACGCUCUGAGCUCCUCCCAAAACGGAGAGAGAGAGGGUCCGUCAGAGAGACAGUCCACCAUGCCCCCCAGCGUACCGGCCCGCAAGGACAAGAAGGACACCCCGAAGCCGAUCAGCAACGGCCUCCCUCCAACACCCAAAGUUCAUAUGGGGGCGUGUUUCUCUAAGGUGUUUAACGGCUGUCCUCUGAAGAUCCACUGUGCAACUUCCUGGAUCAACCCUGACACUAGAGACCAGUAUUUGAUAUUCGGGGCGGAGGAGGGCAUCUACACACUCAACCUCAACGAGCUGCAUGAAACAUCCAUGGAGCAGUUGUUCCCCAGGAGAUGUACGUGGCUCUACGUCAUGAACAGCAGCCUGCUCUCCAUCUCUGGGAAGGCGUCCCAGCUGUACUCCCACAGCCUCCCCGGUCUCUUCGACCACGCCCGCCACAUGCAGAAGCUCCCAGUGGCCAUCCCUACGCACAGGCUGCCCGACAAGAUGAUCCCCAGGAAGUUUGCGGUGACCAAUAAGAUUCCAGACACUAAAGGCUGCCAGAAGUGCUGCGUGGUGCGUAACCCCUACACCGGCCAUAAAUACCUGUGCGGGGCGUUCCAGUCCAGCAUCGUUCUGUUCGAGUGGGUCGACUCCAUGCAGAAGUUCAUGUUGAUCAAGAACAUGGACUUCCCCCUGCCCUGCCCCCUGGAGGUGUUCGACAUGCUGGUGGUCCCGGAGCACACCUACCCCCUGGUCUGCGUGGCCGUCAGCAAGGGCACCGAGGUGGGCCAGGUGGUCCGCUUCGGAACCGUCAACCCCAACGCCACCGCCUCCUGGUUCACAGAGUCCGACACGCCCCAGUCCUGCGUAAUCCACGUCACGCAGCUGGAGAGAGACACCAUCCUAGUCUGCCUGGACCGCUGUAUUAAGAUCGUGAAUCUUCAAGGGAGGCUGAAGUCCAGCAGGAAGCUCUCAGCAGAGCUCACCUUCAACUUCCAGAUCGAAGCCAUAGUGUGUUUACAGGACAGUGUGCUGGCCUUCUGGAGACACGGCAUGCAGGGGCGGAGCUUCAAGACCAAUGAGAUCACCCAGGAGAUCUCUGACAGCACGCGCAUCUUCAGACUGCUGGGCUCAGACAGAAGCCUGGAAUGGCGCAACCCAGAGCCGGGGGAGCACAGCGCACGGGCCAGGGUGGUGGUGUUGGAGAGCCGGCCGACAGACAACCCCACGGCCCACAGCAAUCUCUACAUCCUUGCCGGCCACGAGAACAGCUACUGACGCACACACACACUAACACACUCACAGACAAACACUCUCUCACACACACACACAACCCCCCCGGGGGCCUGAGGAGCAGCUGGCGGCGUGAACGGACGGUCCGAGGCAGGAUGAACUCAGUCCACCCUCCUGCAAGGCAUCCUGGGAAAUCAUCCUCUGCUUUACGACCCUGCAAAGCAUCCUGGGAAACCAAGUCCACCAUCAAAGCUAUUUCUGCUAAGGCUACCGCUAGCGCUGCUACGGCUAAUACAAUUACUGCUACUGCUUGCGCUCCACAGACGUUCCCUGCUCCUCUUUCAUUCCUCCUCCUCUCCACCGGUGGGUCCCUCGGAGCCUCCUGCUAGCCGCCGCGCCGCGCUAACCCGACCUAUUUAAUGGAUGUGAAUAGAUACCAGAUAAGGAACACUAAGUAACUCUGGAGAUAGUCGCCUUCUCUCCAGCGCUGACAGACAGACAGACAGGUAGGCUGACAGGCAGACAGGUAGGCUGACAGGCAGACAGGUAGGCUGACAGGCAGACAGGUAGUCUGACAGACAGACAGACAGACAGGCUGACAGACUGACAGGGGGACAGACAGGCAGACGGACCGACCGGGGGGGCCAUCACUUCCGGAUUCAGGCAGUGCUUCUCUUUGCCAUGGUAACGGGUAGGCUGUGAUGUGAUGCGAUGCUCAAGAUCCUGAUGCAACGUGAUGUCAUCAAGUGAUGUUGUGCAGCUCAUGGUCUGGCUGGGCCAACAGGAAGUAAGCACUGAUUGGUCAUCUUCACUUUGCAUGCGUCACUGUUGUCAAUCCAUAUGUGGCCAUUGUUACCUCCUGGUUUGCGUCAUGGCGGCCGACAGGAUGUGUGUGUGUGUGUAUAUGUGUGUGUGUGUAUAUGUGUGUGUGUGUGUGUGAUUGUGUGUGUGGGGGUAUUUAUGUGAAACAUCAUGAGCAACACUUUUAUUUUUUAAUCACCAUUUUAAUACUUCGCCUCGCGUCAGAUUUUAUGUUUUUUUAAGACAUUGGAACGACUGCUGGUCACACGUAAAGUGGUGAGGAGCAAAUGUUGUCUAUAUAAUAUAUGAAGAGGUGUGUAUGCACAGGAUGCUGUGUGUGUGUGUGUGUGUGGACGAGGAAGGUGUGUGUCUGCCCUUGGCCUGCUGGGAGCGCCCCUGAUAGGUGGAAAACCAGACCUCUGUCCCCAGAAGGACGUUGGGUCGAGGACCAACUACUGAGGUGGAGUAAAGUGUGUAAACCCACUGUCAGUGUGGGUUUACACCCCCUUCCCCCCCCCCCCUGUCAGCGUGGGGUUGUGGUUUAACACCCCCUCUGUCUGAUACCCGAUCACACAAACUCCCGUCACUAGACGUCCUUUCUUUGCUGGAGGUGUGACCUGGACUAAAUGGUCUCCACAUCUCUGACCUGUCAACCAGUAGUAGUAGCUGGUUAACCAGAUAACUAGUCAUCUGACCCACAUGGCUUAUUCGCUGGUUAGCCAGGUAACUAGUCAUCGGACCCACAUGCUCGUUAACCAGGUAACUUGCCAUUUGACCUCCAAGGCAUGUUUACUGCUAAACGUUAAACAGCUAACUAACCAUGUGGGUCACAUCGCUAGUGCCUCGUUAACCAAUUAAUGAGCCAAAUGGGUCACAUGGCUUAUUAACAGAUAAUGAGCUAGACAAAGUGCUCAUUCUGCCUUGCUUAACCCCAGAGCCUGCGUGUGUUAAUACUACAGUACAGACCGCAGCACUACUCAGCUCUAUCCUCAAAACACUAUCCAAUGUUUUUAUGAUGUCAUAACUCUCCGAUGUUUUCAUGUCAUAACACUCUCCCGAUCUUUUCAUGAUGUCAUAACACUCUUCCGGUGUUUUAAUGACGUCAUAACGCUCUCCCGAUGUAUUAAUGUUGCGAUGCACACAUUCUAAUCUGUACAUAGUGUAAAAUAAAAUCUGUUGGUUUUACAUAUUGUAUAAUUGCCUAUAUUUUGUUUGGGACGUGUAACCGACGGCAACGCUAACACAUUAAAGAGGAAACUAAGAACAA